AUGAGAGAUGUUCUUAGUGGCAAAAGAUAUUGUGGGCCCAAGGAGACCGUGCAACUCACAGAGAGUUGUAGCGCUCUAAUCCAAAGCUCAUUUCCCCCAAAACUCAAAGAUCACGGGAGUAUUUCAAUCCCUUGUAGCAUUCAAAAGCUCAAAUUUGAUAAUGCUCUUUGUGAUUUGGGGGCAAGCGUGAGUAUCUUGCCAUAUAAGAUCUAUGAGAAGCUCAAUCUAGGUGAUAUCUCUCCUACCACCAUGUCAUUGCAACUAGCCGAUCGUUCGGUUAUGUUUCCAUUGGGUAGGAUUGAGGAUGUUCCCCUCGUUGUUGGCAAGCUUACUUUUCUUGUCGAUUUCGUAGUCUUGGACAUCGAUGAGGAUUACUAUACCCCUAUUAUUUUAGGGAGGCCAUUUUUGGCCACCGCGGGCGCCCUUAUUGAUGUGCACGGGGGGCUAAUCACCUUGAAAGUGGGAGAUUCAAAAGCUAGCUUUAAGCUUCCCCUUGGUGAAGGGUGUUUUGCAAAAAUGAAAAGUUGUAUGAAGGUUGAUACUAUUGCUUGCAUUGAGAACCAUUGCGUACGUGCUAACGCUUCUAAUGACUUUUGUACUUUAAAGUGUGACAUUAAGUUUUCUAGGUCUACUUCAAGUGAGAAGGGUUCUUGCAAUGCCCAAAGUGUUGGGUGA